CAUGGGAUUAACCAUGAAGCUUCAUCACUUCUCCCCUUGUUCUUGGGAUGAACCCUCUCUCUCCCUUGCUUGCACGAAGCGCUUACGUCCUCCUCCGCCCACCUCCGCCACAUCAACGCUCACCGCUUUCGACCUCAAGACCUUCAUCAAACCUGAUACUAAGAAAGACCCGUCUUCCCCUCGGACAGGAGUUGUGGAAAUGCAACCGGGAGGCACACGGUGGAACCCGACGCAAGAACAGAUAGCGAUAUUGGAGAUGCUUUAUAGGAGAGGAAUGAGGACUCCCAAUGCUCAACAAAUUGAACAAAUUACUGCACAGCUUGGGAAGUACGGGAAGAUUGAAGGAAAGAAUGUGUUCUAUUGGUUUCAGAAUCAUAAAGCUAGAGAACGACAGAAGCAGAAGCGCAAUACUCUUGGUCUUGCUCACUCCUCCCCCAUAACUCCUCCGACCACGACAACCAUCGUCACGGCCAUCCCCUUCGACCCAUCGGGAGGGGAAGAUAGUCCGUACAAGAGGAAGUGCAUGAACUGGGGGUUUGAAUGUUUGGUUGAAGAUAGAACUCUGGAGUUAUUCCCUUUGCACCCAGAAGGCAGAUGAUGAACAUGCAGCUUUUUUUUUUUUUUUUUUUUUUA